CUAGGAAUGAGGCUAAUAUAAGUAGAUUUUUCAGAUUGUUUCCGUUAAUCGGAAAAGAAACAGAAGGUUUGGAUAAGUAUUCCAAAUUUGUCUGUGGUAUUAUUGCUGGAAAGAGUCAAGCAAACUUGGCAGAAAUUGCGAUUGGGCCUAAUUUUUAUGGAUACGCACUUCUCAAGUUAUACGAAAAUAUCGCUACAAUUAUCAGUCAACAUCAGCCAGUAGUUAAGACACAUUAUGGACCUGGAAAGAUGAUCAGAGUAAUAGAAAGACUUCAAGAAGAAUGUGAUAAACAAAGUCGAAUAAUAUUGGAUACUUUUUACGAUGAAAAACAAGUUCAUCGGAAGGUAUCUGAUAUUAAAAUGUAUAAUGCCGCCCCUAAAAAACCUCUUGGUCCUCAACGUCCUGGACAAUCGAGAGAAGUCGACAGUACACCAGAUCCUAGGGAACUCGAUGUUGUGUUAAAUGAGUUGGCCAUGAUUAGUGCAAGGACUCAUCUUUAUUAUCGAUUUAUGGAAGCUAGUGCAAGGUCGGAGAUCGAAGAAAUGGGAGAAAAUAAAGAAAAUAACACUUUGGCAGAGAAAGAUGCGAAUAAUUAUGACCCAAUAGAGAUAAUAAAAAACAGCGGUCUGGCAAAACAGGCAAAGUCCUUGAUGGCAGAUUUCCUUGUCAUGGAGGAGUAUUUCUUCAGGAAAGCUAUUGAAAAGGCCAUGAAAAUUGACAAGUAUGAAGAAGGGAGCGUCAUAUCAAGUUGUGUCGGAGAUGUUUUCUACAUUCUCAAGGAAUGCCUAAUUCGAGUGGUUUCUACAUCAGAUAUUGAAUGUUUGACGUCCAUGGUGAAUUUGGUCA